AUGGCGACCUUCUCCCAUGUGUUCCGGAUCGAAGGGUACACGCAAGUCAGGAAGAUGGUGCCCAAUGGGAAGGGGGUGAGAUCUAGCACGUUCGCCAUCGGCGGCCACGACUGGCGUAUCAAGUGCUAUCCAAACGGGUCCGCGGGAUACGACGGCUACAUCUCCCUCUUCCUGGAACAUGCCAGCCACGCCAAAACCAUCGACGCUAUGGUACAGUUCCAGUUGAGUAUACUAGACAACACGGGGUCCAGUAUGCCGUCGUUCAGUACUGAACCCAUUACGGAGCACAGCUUCUCGAGUACCAAUCCUCUUAGUCUGGGAUGGAGCGACUUCAUGAAACACGAGGAUCUGGACGAGGAGAGGCACCUCAAGGACGACUGCCUGACCCUUCUGUGCGACACCACCGUCACAAGACUGCACACCGAUGCCGACGAGUACAUCGAGGUUGCAGCAGCGCUGGAACCUGCGCCCGUGGCCCCGACGUCGUUCGACUUGCCCUUGGACGUGAAGAUCAAGGCCGGAGGAGAGACCUUCCACGCGCACCGGUGGGUACUUGAGGCCCGAUCACCCGUCUUCAAAAGGGAAUUAUCGAUGGCCACCGGCACCGCAGAGCUCCGCGUCGACGACAUGGAUGCCGAGAUGUUCAGGACCUUGCUCCAGUUUAUCUACACUGACUCGCCUCCGCUGCUCGAGGCCGCACCGACUGCCGAGAAGCUGCUCGUCGCGGCGGAUCGGUAUGGGGUUGAGAAACUGAAACGCAUAUGCGAGGAGGCGCUGUGCAAGCACAUCGACAUCAGCUCUUUGGCUGCCACUCUAGAGUUGGCCGAGCGGCACCGUUGCACCGUGUUGACGGCGGCUUGCAUGCAGUUCCUCUAUAAUUCAAGUAAUCUGAAAGCAUUCGUCGCGGCGGAUGGGAUCAAUCAGCUAAAGGGACGUUUCCCUCUACUCUGCUUAAGCUCCUGGGAAAAAACUGAAGAUCAUGGCGCACAUGUUUACAUUUUGUAUAAUGCUGCCAAAACACGUGGGAAAACAAUGAUUGGCUUAUGCUUUGUGUGUCGAUUUAAAUCAAUAUCAUCACACUCUAAUCAUCAAUUUGCAUGA